GCUACUUGCAGUUAUUUUCGAAGAGACACGUCCAACGGCAGUCUAUUUAUUCAAAAACAAAAUCCUCUGUUAUGUCAGCCUCCUCUAUCAUUCUCAUCGGAGUCAGACAACAGCAACCACCACCAACAUGUAUCCUUCAAUUACUACCGACUUUCCGGCGGAGCCACUGUCAUCAUCUGCAUACUCUACACCAUCUGCACCGCCGCAAACACCAACAUUUUACUCCAAAACUGAUAAUUCCGUUACAGCCACCGGCAUUCCGCUACGUCCGGACCGUAACGCUUCUUCUAAUAGUUUGCAUUCUCCGGUUGCUUGGUCCACCGGUCUCUGUGGCUGUUUCGAAGAUAUGAGCAGUUGUUGCUUAACAUGCUGGUGUCCUUGUGUUACAUUUGGAAGAAUUGCAGAAAUGGCUGACAGAGGAUCAACUGCAUGUGGAGUGAGCGGAGCACUGUACACAUUGAUGCUAUGUUUGACGGGAUGUUCGUGUAUGUAUUCAUGCUUUUACCGAUCAAAAUUGAGGGGCCAAUUUUUCUUGGAGGAAAGUCCUUGUACGGACUGUUGUGUUCAUUGUUUUUGUGAAGAAUGUGCUUUGUGCCAAGAAUAUAGAGAACUUAAGAAUCGUGGCUUUGACAUGUCUAUAGGUUGGCAUGGGAAUAUGGAAAGGCAGAAAAGAUUGGCUGCAACGGCUCCUGUAAUUGAAGGAGGGAUGACUAGAUAG